GAUUUUUUCGUAUUCAACGUUAUGAUGUCACUCCGUUGAAUAUUACGUAAAAACUGCAUAUUUGAUCAGUUAUUUGGUUGAUAUGACAUUGGCUGUUAGCCAAUCAAAAACCAUAACUCUUGUAAAUAAAUAAUUUAAGAUAUCACAAAGUAAAAGCAAUGUUCCAAAACCAUUUCAUUUCAAGUGAACGUUUUAUGCCAUAUAUUUGCAACACGGAUUGUAGAUAAAUCAACUAUAACAAUAUUAGAAUACAGAAUUACAAAGAAAAGCUUAUGCAGUUAAUAUAUACCAGUUCAGUAUCAAAAUAUAAACUGCUAUUAAAAUAGGUUUGUAAAUUGAUUUCCGGAGAAACAAACUAACAUAUCUUUUUUUUGUUAAUCGAGUCGUCAGAACAGUUCUGAAAAUUGAUGUCACCAUGUUGUGUUCCGUUCCAUUAUAGUAUUUAUCUUGAAUACCCGAGACAGUAUACGAGACAACGUACUAUAAUUAUAAAUACCAAAUUAACUUGUAUCCCUAUUUAAAAUUAUCAGGAAAAGGAUGUAGUUGAACCAGCAGUGGCAAGACUUCGUGAGUAAGUAGACUUUUAUUUGUAUCUACGAUAACAUAAUUAGAAUGAAUCAAGCUAUAAUUAUAAUAUCAUUUAUGUUGAAUUUAUGUUAUAUAUAUUAUUUAUAUAUUAUUUAUGUAUAUAGAGGAUAAUACAUGGGUACACAUAUUCUUGUUUCUUCUGGGUUCUUCGGUUUUGGUACUACCACUAGGGGCGAGACCCAGGGAGUUGGGCCAGAACAGGGCUCGAUGAUAUCUUGCUCUGUUAACUUGUCCAGUUCGUGAGUUACUUUCUCCCGAAUGUGAAAUAGUAUACGCCUUUCUGGUUGCGCACCUGGCUUGACGUUAUGGUCUAUGUGUAGCUUAAGUUCGAAGUUUUUCAGGCACCCAAUUCCUCUGAACAAGUCCUCGUACUCAUUUGUCAGACUUUGAAUGAAUUCAGUGGCUUCUGCCUCAGGUGUGAAUUCGUUUGCCACUUUCACAGUUGUGUUUACUUUUGUAGUUGUGUUUACUUCCGGUUUGUCUUUGUUUACAUUGUGUAUCUUCAAUGUUAUUAAUCCGAGUUCUGCUGCAGUUUCUGAGCAAAGUAAGUUGCCAUUGUCCCCUUUUGCGACAUGAAAUUUGGCGGUGGUCAUCUUUGCCCUCGACUCGAUGAUUUCUUCGAAUACUCCCAGCAUAGGAAGUGCCGAUUGUGCAGCAUACGCAUAUAUUCGUGCUUUUGAACGAUGUAUUUUAAUAGGUUUUUGUUUACAUAAGUGUUGAAAUGUCGUCUCGUCUAUAAUGUUGACGCCCCGGUGUCGAUGAAUGCUCGAAAAUUCGUCCGAUUGAUCUUUAAUUUGGCAGUCAAAUUGCCCUUGGACGUAACUACUGAGCUUGUGUUCACUGUGUAGAUGUAUUCAUCUUCCGAGGAUGAGUUGCUUUCAUCGUUAGUGUGCUGUCUAUUAACAGUGUUAAUUGAUGAGUUGUUAAAUUGGCGUGAUGAGCGAGGCUGUCGAGGAAAUUUAUUUUGAUCUCGAUUUUGACUACUUUUGCAAACCUUUGCAAAAUUAUUCAUCUUAUGACAAAACGAGCAUUCUUUGCCAUAAGCUGGGCAGCGCUAUUGUUCUUGUGGGGAUAAUGUAACCCGCAAUAAUAACACUUGCGUUUCACUGUGUCCCAACGAGCGUACGGCGGUUGUUGGCGUUGUCGUUGUUGAUGUUGAAUGGCAUUCACACUAUCGUCGAUUUCAGUAGGGAGUUUUUCGUCGAUCUUGAUGGCUGCGAGGGAUUUCUCGGUGCCUUUAGCUUGUUUUUCACUUACUUCGAAGGAACGACCUUCAGCGAGUAAAGCACUCAGAGUAAGCGUUGAAUCACGAAGCGCUUUUCUCUGAAGACGCGUAGAAACGCAGCUUUGUAUUAUUUGUGUUUUGAUUUCUCGAUCAGCAUCGGUAAACUCGCAUGUUGUAGCAAGCUUUCGAAGACGCGUGUGGUACUGAUCCAAUGUUUCGUCAGUCGUUUGUCGGGCUUGGCGAAAUAUAUAAAUCUCACACUCGACGUUUUUCUUCGGCAUGAAAUAUUGUGUUAGUUUUUCAACCGCUGCUUUGAAGUCAUCGUCACGUCCAGUAUCAGCUAGCGUUUCAAAUAUUGUUUGUACUUGGGGCCCAGCCAUGUAGAGAAGAAGGGCUUGUUGUUGUGUUUUAUCGGUGGUUUUGCCCGCUCGAAGAUAAAGGUGAAAUCGUUUAAGCCCCUAUUCCCACGGUGUCGCUAAACUGCUGUAAUCUGCAUGAGGAGCAAACUGUAGCAUCGAUGGAAGGUCUAUUCUUGCAGCCAUAGUAAGCAAUAUUUAAGAUCCUCGUCGCCAAAUGUAAUAUCCAGUUUUAUUAACUAUAAGUUGUUUUUCAAAUACAAUAAUAUCAAGCUCGCCAUGCUCUGCUCGCCAUGCGGUCUAGCUUAUGUCCUCGCAAAGCAUUGUUGUCUAUAUACAGUAUGUGACGUUGACGUCAUCAUCACAGUUAACACGUGCAGCUUUCUAGUUCGUUAGUUCUUACUGAGUUGUGUCUCGCUCGAAGUUGUACCAUUGCCGAUCAUCCUGAUUAACAAAUCAAGUGGAAACAAUAGCACGCACGGGGAAAACGAUAUGGAUUGCGAGCGGUCCCUCCUUUCCGCCGUGGGUUUCGAUUUCCGGGCAUGCGAAAGGAAAGGAGGGACUGCCGACAACACAUCAAGAAACAAAUACGCGUUGCCCACACAACGCAGAAUUCCCAUUGGUCGAAAUCGAUACGCCUGUCAAUCAAAUCUGAUACAUUAUUUAUGCCAUAAAUAAUUUCUAGACUGAAUGUUGAUUUUAUAAAUAAACAUGACAUUAACGGUUCCUAUUGGAUAGAUUUAAUUAGCCUUUCUCACGCCGCCACUUUUGGGUGGCAUAUCAGCCGAGGUCUGCGAGAUAAGUCCACAUAACAGCGAGUUUUUAUAAUUUUUUUGACGAAUGAUGGUAAAUUUGCUUUGUAAAUGGUUAGUUUAGUUUGAGAAGUUACUUUUCACAUUGUUUUAAUUGUCUGCUUUGGUUGAUGCCACCCAAAAAUGGCGGAUAUUAGUCAUCGUGAGAAAGGCUAAUUGGAUAUAACUUGACAAGAGCGAAAAGUGGGCGUGUUUCGUGUAGUCAACUUGACAAGAGCGAAAAGUGGGCGUGUUUCGUUUCUUGAUGUGUUGUCGGCAGUCCCUCCUCUCUAGGGACUGCUCGCGAUCUAAAAAAGAUAAAGCAAAACUAAUAAUUUGUGAAAUUGUCUUUUAUAGUAAAUCAAAGAAACAUUCUUCACCAUCCACAAGUCACCGGGAAAAGGAUCAUCCAAAAGACGGCAUCAACCAAACGAGAAGUGUCAACCAAACAAAAAUGCCUGAUAUAAAACGUUGGGAAGAAGGUGUUGUUGUAAGAUUAUCUAGCGGACAAGAUUUUGGGUUUAUCACAUCAGAUAGCAAAUCUUACGGCAAGGACAUUUUCUUCCAUCGCAGAAGUCUUGUGAACAAAGGACAACUCCCACAUGUUGGUAACCGUGUGCAGUUUUACAUAACCAAAACUAAAAAAGGACACGAGGCAAAUGAAAUUCGUGUGCAGGUAUGCAUGUAUGUUAAUGGGAUAGAAGUGUUGAUGCCAUUGUAUGGGAAAUUGAAUGCAGUUGUAUGGUACAGAAUUCAAUUUUAGUCCGGCGUUUAUGGUUUAUAGUUAAGAAAGUGAUUAAAUUCACUUUGUCUGUUGUGUAUAUCACUAUGAAUAAUAACAUGACUUAAUCAUAUAUAAGCAGAAGCUCUUGCGCACAUGCAUAAAUGCUUGAACAAUUUACGGAACAGAUUGACAGGUCUGAAUUGAAAUGGAUGCACAUGCAUUCCUGUUAUAUUAAAUCCAUAAUAUAUUUUAAAUAGAUAUAAUCGGUCAAACGUCAUGAGUUAUGUUCUUUGGAUGAAGUAAGAUGUGUUUGAAUUAGAAAUCUUGUUUGCAUGGGAAUUGGUAUUUCAGCAUACAAUUGAUGCAGGCAAUACUUUUCUUAAUUGUUUUCUUUGUGGAAACACCACGUAAAUUUAUUACUGCAAAGCUUUCGAUCCGUAAGCCCGGAUCUUCAUCAGUGCUAAUAAUAUAUGACUUGUUUAAUUCACACGCUCUUUUUAUAUACAAAAGUGUCAUUUGAAAUUUAUUUAAACGGCACAUCAACCACGUCAUUUCAAACGUAGUGAAGUGAUUCCAAUUAACGCGCGUGCAUCCAAGACAAGAGAAAUACGUGGUGUUUCCACAAACAAAACUAUUAUAUUUUUCGCCAUGCAAACAUAAAAAGAACUUAAUACUUUUCUUGUUUUUAUUUUGUAGAAUCAAGCCGCAUCCGUCCAGAAAUGGGACCAAUUAACUGGCAUUCAGGAAGGCUUUGUGGACAGUACAUCAGACGACGGAGGGUAUAUAAUCAGCGGGUCAUUUUCUCAUUUGGGCUAUUUAUCUUUUUGCAAAAAGGAUGUAUUGGACGGUAGUGGGCAGAUCACUGAUGGAACCAAAGUACAUUUUAAAGUUCAAAAACGAGGAGGAAAAUGCAUCGCAGUGCAAAUUAAUGUGAUUGGUUAUCUUAAUCAAGCAAAAAGAAAGAAAACCUGAUGCAAGAUAUGAAGAUAAGCAUCUCGUGGUGUGACUGUUAAUUCAUAUCCGUAAUAACAAACACAAAUAUCAUUAGGGCUCCAUUGCCACCAGUGUUUUUACACUGAAAUAAUUACCCUGUAUAAAUAAAAUUGUGUCUAUCUAUAAUAUAUCAUAAAAUAUAUCAUUAUUUACAGCAGGUGCAGCCAGUGGAAGCCAUUGGGGCAAAUUUUCCACUCCAAAUUUGCAGAGGAGCCCCAACUUGAUCGACCACCACACGGCGAUUUCAAAUACAAAUUUUCUCCAUAAUAUAAACAAAAACAAUUUAAUAUAUACUGGAAGAUUCCAAACUCAAACUACACUGCAGUCAAUUGGUGCUGAAGUUGGAAUCGGCGCCCAUGCAUGUAUUGCGGCAUAUAGUUAAUGAAUGUCGUCAAUGCAAUAUGACAAAUGUAAAACGUUCGUACAGUAAAUGAAAAAUUGAAUUCUUCAUUGUAAAUGUAAAUAAAAUUAACAUUUUAUGUUAUAUACAACAAAUAUAUACAACAAAUGUAUACUGCAUCUUAUAGCAUGGGUACAUCUUCUAUUAUUUGCCUCUUCAUAAAAAGGAUUCCACUCCAGUUCAUUGAAAAGGUGAACUGAGGAUGAACAAACAUUUGCAAAUUGAAGAUGAACGAACAUUUGCUCAUUUGAAACUUCAGUUUCAGAACUUUUCUUAAUACAUUCUUUAUUUAAGAAACAUAAAACGAGUCGAGUGCGUUUAUGGCGUG